AUGGAGUUCUGGCCAGAAUUUCUCGCAGGCAGCUGGGGCAGAGAAUUUGUAGCAGGAGGAUUUGGCGGCAUGGCAGGCGUAAUCUCCGGUCAUCCGCUCGACACCCUCAGGAUCCGCCUCCAACAGCCUUCCAACAACACCUCCGCCUUCAGACUCCUUCACAGUAUUGUCACGACUGAAGGCCCUUCUUCUCUCUACAGAGGCAUGGGCACUCCCUUGGCUACAGUCGCUUUCCAGAAUGCUGUGGCCUUCCAGGUGUAUGCAGUUCUGUCGCGAGCUUUUGAUUCAAGCAAUGGCAGCAACCCACCUUCCUAUAGAAGCGUUGCACUAGGAGGGGUAGGGACAGGUGCUCUACAGAGCCUUAUUCUCAGCCCCGUUGAACUAGUGAAGAUACGCCUCCAAAUACAGCAUCACCGAACUAACGUGGAAGGGCCAGUGAACGUUGUCAAGAACAUUAUGAGGAAAGAAGGAAUCAGGGGAAUGUACCGAGGCCUUGCCAUCACUGUGCUACGAGAUGCUCCUGCUCACGGUGUUUACUUUUGGACGUACGAGUCCACAAGGGAGUGUCUCCACCCUGGCUGCCGAAAGAGUGGCCAAGAGAGCCUUAGGACGAUGCUGGUUGCAGGAGGGUUGGCAGGAGUGGCCAGUUGGGUGUGCUGCUACCCUCUGGAUGUAGUGAAAACCAGACUCCAGGCCCAAUCACAAUCGCACAAGGACUGCCCUCCACCCAAGUACUGCGGCAUCAUCGAUUGCUUCCAAAAGAGCGUACAAGAAGAGGGCUACACCGUGCUCUGGCGCGGAUUGGGAACUGCCAUUGCACGUGCUUUUGUGGUGAAUGGAGCCAUAUUCUCUGCCUAUGAGAUAGCUCUACGAUGCUUGGUUAAUAAUAACCAAAGUGAAGUGAAGGACAAGAAAGAGUAAAUGGAAAAUUGAGACCUCCUCGUAUUGUUUCAACCUUCCUAUUGAAACGAUGAUGGCGAAAAUGGAACCAUUACUACACAUUUGCAGGGGAGUUUCUGUAUGCAUGAGAACUUCUAUCCCUUGAUGCAGCAUCUUUCCAUUACAAAGAUGUGCAUUUGAUUGCUUCUCCAAUGCAUUUGUCAUUUAUGCAA